CUGAUGGGAGGGGUCGAGGUGGCAUUGGUGUACGCUCUCAGGAUCGGCGUCCAGCGAGAUACGAACUGGCCAGUGACUUUGAUGGCAGUGCUGGCUACAUUGUUGCUCGCCUUGGGAGUGCUCAGACACUACUGGGACAUCUAUGUCCAUCGGACCGUUCGCGGAAUCUCCUUCCUGUUCGUCGGCAUCGAUGCACUUGGAGAUCUGCUCUCCAUCAUCUCCGUGAUCUUUCAGCAAGAGCUGGAUGUUCUGGGCCUGGUCAUAUACGGAACCGAGUUGCUGCUAUGGAUUGGCAUCUUCGCCUGCGGUGGCUACUAUCUGCUGCUUCCAUGGACCAUCAAGACGCUGAAAGGCAGUCAGGCUACCGGCCACGAUGCUUCAUCCGCAAGAGAUGUACCGGAGCGCUCGGCCAUCGCACUUCAUGACCUACCUUCUUCAACUUCGGUCUUCCGGACGCCUUCAGUCGACAUUGCGCUGCGUUCUCGCUCGAUGAUCCCCCGCGAUGUGUCAUAAAGCCGAAGCAGCCCGGGUUGCUCGGGGACAGGGUCGUCUCAUCAGCACAACGUUCGUGCCGCGGUUUGGAGCUGCAACAUGCCAUGGCCGACGUCGGGUCCCGAAAAAGUGCCCGCUGGUGACUGGAAACCGAGUCGUGUGGGCGAAGAUGUGGUCAUGCGAUCCUGUCGGGCGUGACGGUUUGUGUCGUCUUCAUUCAAUGUCGCGCGGGAGGGCCCGCUGAAAACAGCAUAAGCAUCAAGCUUCAACCUCAGUUCAGCUUCUUGCCACAACAACAGCACCAAACCUAC